UAACCAGGGUACCUUUUCAAAGUGCCUUUUUGAAACCUAACGUAUUUGCAAUGUCACACCGCAAUAACAAAGUAGAACGUGGUGUUUUUAGUAAAUAAAAAGACAAUCAAAUACGUUUGUUUGAUCACAAAAGUAUGACUGUUGCAUGCAAUAACUCAUCUUUAUAACUCAAAUACACGUGGUGAAAGUCCUUGUGACUUGUGAGUAUGAACAGCAUUGCUGAAGGGUACACUACUUAUCUCUAGUAUGGCCUAAGCUUUGUGUCUGAUGUUUCUGACACUGAUCCUGAACUAUGUUUGAAAAUAACCUUCUCCUCCUACACUAUAUACCAUGAGGGGUUGGGGCGCAGGCGAAAAGGUGUCCAUUGCGUACUUGCUGGUGACCGAGCAGCUUAUUUUAUGACGAGCUUCCACUGGGACCAAUCAGAAUUGCCCAAUAGCAACAAACGUCCAAUGAACGCCCGCUCUCCAGUUUAGAAGGCGGGACUUCCUAGAGGGUGUGUGGGUCACUAGAAAGAGGAGGGAGGUCAAAUGCGCUGCUAGAGAUUUGAAAACGUGAGACAGUCUCCAGAAGAGAUACACAGGUAGACUAUUGUGUUGGAGUUACAGUAGACGAUAUAGUUUACUGUGCCGCUACCAUAGCUUGGAUUAAGAAGUAAAGGCGGCCGUGUAGGGUGCGGUUUCUCUGUCCCGCACUGAUUGACAGAUAACGUUAGCUAAUGCUAACGGUAGCGUUACAUGUCGCGUGCUCGUAUGCACGAGACGACUCAGUAGUUGACCUUAGAACCAGCAUAUAGUUCCUGCCUAGACAAACGUUUGUCAAAUCAACUUUAUACAAAGUAAUGCAUGGUGCACGUCCACGGAUCAAUAGCUUUCGCUGCGAAGUUCGUUAGCUAAACAUAAGCGGCUGCACUUUGCUGACGUUUGUUUUGCCUUUGGGAGCGUCUGUCACGGUCACCGCUGUCAUGUUUCACUCCGUGCCCCGUCGUCCGAUCUGCGAGGUCGGUGUGAACGCGAUGAGGCUCCGAAGCAGCAGGUCGGUGAAGCGGACCGUCGAGGAGGGCAGAGAACACAUCGAGAGGGUCCCGUUGCUCGGCAGGGGCAUGGGCCUGCUGUUGUUCUGGCUCCAGAAGGCAGGUGUCGGUGCCAGUGAGGCCGCAGGGUCUGGUCAAAAGAGGAAGGGGCUGCUCUCCAUAUUUGUGGACCACUGUAGCUUCGUAACCGGACAGAGGCUCCGGCGUGCUUGCCAGAUCGGCGAGCUUUACUCCAACCUGUACUCCGAGCGGACCAGGUGGACCCUGGUCGGUAACAUAUGGCGAAGAUUCCAGAGCAAGCACGCGCCGGCUGGGAAACUUGUCGCGGCCCUGGCGGGUAUCUUCAUGUGGGAGAAUGACAAGAUUCAAGAUGAAGAGAUUCAGAGGUGUGGACUUGAGCUCCAGGCACUGGAGGCCGUCAAAUGUCCAAAUACAACUACAGGGACAACGACAGGACAUCUUGAACCUGGCUGGGAAGUUGUGGUGGAGAAAAAAGGCUUCAAAGUGUGGAAGCGACAGAUUCCCGACAGUCACCUCUAUGAAUACAGAGUGUUUGGCUCCUACAACGAUGUCACCCCAAGGCAGUUCUUCAAUGUACAGUUGGAUACAGAAUACAGAAAGAAGUGGGAUGCACUGGUUAUCGAGCUUGAAGUGGUGGACAGAGAUGUCUCUACCGGCUCUGAAGUUGUGCACUGGGCUACACACUUUCCUUAUCCCAUGUACUCGAGGGACUAUGUGUAUGUGCGGCGCUACGAUGUUGAUGUCGACAACAACCUGAUGGUCCUGGUAUCCAGAGCUGUGCAGCAUCCCAGAGUCCCAGAGACUCAAGCAUUUGUGAGAGUCCAUUCAUACCAGUCAAAGAUGGUCAUCCGCCCGCACAAGACCUUUGAUGAGAAUGGAUUCGAUUACCUGCUGACCUACAGUGACGAUCCUCAGACUGUCUUUCCGCGCUACUGUGUGAACUGGAUGGUGUCAAGUGGUAUGCCUGACUUUCUGGACAAGCUCCAUACUGCUGCCUUGAGGGCCAAGAACUUGGAAGUGGGGAUCUACGACUACGUAGGCGUUAUCAAAUCCAGCGACGCCAACCGCCAGCCAAGCCAGGAGCGCCUCAGUGGAGAGAAGCCACACACGGGCGGCCCGGGACAGAUCUACGCUUGAGAUGGACGUUUUAUAAACCAGGGGUUAUGUUGGUGUGUUUUUCACAUCCACACAAACCUCAUCAAACCCUCCAGCCUCAAUUAUUUGGGGUAGAUUGCAUGAGCUGCAGAUGGAAGCUGCAACUUACAUUAAAGAUGAAUACACAGUAUGUCCAUCCGUAGGCAUGUUCUAUUGGUUGUAGAUGAGACGUCACAAGACCAAUGGACCGUCUGGGGAAACGUUGCCAUAGACUUUUCCAUCCAGGCUGCUGGCAAAUGGCACUAUUUUUGCUGAGCCAGGCAAUGCGACAUUUAACAUUUAUUUUGUUUGCCUUGUUUUGGUAAUAAUGUGCGUCUUGGUAAGAUCGAGCCAAAAUACCUAAUUGUAGAGAUGCUUUUGCCAAAACACCGUUUCUCUUGUUUGAUCCAUGUCUCGUCUUUCAUCGUUCAACCAGGCUCGACUGUAAAGGCGCUUCAGACUGCAUGCAGCCACAUUAAAUAGUGUCUGCGGUGAGAUUACAGCGAGAUGUUGUGCAUUAUUGGACGUAGAAUGGUAACCGACUGGCUUCUGGUGGACAUUAUCACUGUAUUCAAAAUACAGCCAAGAGCUCUAGACUGACCGGUGAAGAAGGGAGGCCUCUGCGUGGAACGCUUUCUGCUACGUUUCUUCAUUUCAUGGAUUUAAAGCAACUGGUUUCCUUCUGAUUGCAGCAUACAUUAUUGAUUUUCAUAUGACAGAAGGGUGUCGAUUAAAAACAACUAAUGGUGCCAGUCUUGGAGAAUGUGUCUACAGAGUACGUGUUUGGUGGAUGGCGUGUUGCUGUCGGAAUGGUGGAGGUUUCCUGCUCUUCAGCUCACUGUGGCUGUUCAAGCCGUCUGAAGAUAAACCAGUCCUUUAACAUUCAGGGCAAAGUGUCUUAUAACAACCACAUACGGUGUUACUGAUGCACGUCAGUCUAGUUCUGCUAACAAGGCAACCCUACAGAGAUUUUAAUAAACCAAUAUCCCUUUUUAGAGAAACUGCCACAUCGCAAAACAUUUGCAUUUCGCACGAGUUAAUGAAUUAUUCAAUUUUCAGCUCGAUUUCUUUUUUGUUAUCCUGGUGUCCACUGCUGACAUCACAGGCAUUUGUACUGUGAGUUAUGGUUUUCUUUUAUAUUGUAGGUCUUGUACAUUUAUAAAACUGUUGCCUGAAUAUUUGAAAUCUCUGUUCACAACAAGCUCAGUCACAUUUAUCCUGCAUUGUGAUUCUUCAGUUUUGUUAUUAUUGUGGGUCCUACUGAAACUCUACAAUUAACCCAUCCGAUUAAUGCAUGUUGCUUUUGUAAUUCAUUCAGCAGCAGUUGUGAAUGUACAAAGACCUUUCCAUUCUGUGGAAUAAAAUAUUGCCUAAUAAAGUACUCGGUUUCCAGCCUAACAAUCUGGCACAACUAUUGUCUAAUUAAUUUGUAUUUUAAAAUCAUCUCAUCUACUAAAUUGUAGUGUUACGUGACGGUGGUACAUCAGAGUAAAUCAGCUGCAUCCAUCUUUCUGAAGGUCUAACAUGUAUUGAGUAUUAAAUAUAUUAUAUCCCCACUGUCAAAAAUUUGUUUAAUUCUACGUAGUUUAAAAUAAGAUUGUUUUCAAUACAUUUAUUUUGAAAGUGUGAGGAAGUAAAUUAAAUGUUGGUGUGUUUUUAUUUUGUAUUUACCUCUCCUGGCUAAUUAAAAGAAAUCAUAUGAACCCAAUUAAACAUCAUGCAACGUU